AUGUCUCACACGAGACGCGGUCGCGCGCGCGCGGUGAUCGAGCGCGCGGUGCGAUGGGCGCGAGAGGAUUUCCCAGAGAUUGUUUGGCCGCGACCGAUGGAUGACCCGCCGCGGUACGUCGAAGAGCGGCGGGCUCGACGGGUGCACAAACUCACGAUGGAUGAACAUCGAGAGGUGUGGACGAAGGCGUUCGGGAUGUGGAGAGAGAGCUGGGCGAACGUCUUCAGACGACAAAACGCGCGGACGGCUUCAGAGGAUGCGGAGACGAGAGAGACAAUCGAGGAGGCGCCGAGCACGAGCGGAGAGGAGAGAGAAGAGAGAACGUUGGAUAAAGAGGGUGAAUUAUUGGCGGGCGAGGCGAAGAGAGCGAUGAGGGCGGGACGGGCGGGAUUUAAGCCGCUCGUGACGUACCUGUACGAAACCAGAGGGCGGGCGUACCGGGACGGCGUUCGAGAGUUCAUACAGGCGUACAGAGAGGGAUUCAAGGAAGUUCAGGCUGAUUAUGAGAGCGGAAAACACGAAGAGACGCUCUCUGGUAAGGCGGCAUCAAUGCUUGCCCAAGCAGAGGACGUGUUGCAGAGAGCUGAGAAAACCGAAGUGCCGGUCGACGACUCAGAAGAGACUACGAAGAAAUAG